AUGACGUCCCCCAGCUCUCCGUCGCCCACUCAACCCCAACCGAAUGAAGGAACGAUGAGCACCGCCGCCGAGCAGAUCGCAGCCAAGGCGCGCCGUCUCGCGCCGUACUUCACCUCUGGCAUUGUGACGCUGCAAGGUCCCCAGGGCUCGGGGAAGAGUGCGCUCGUGAAGGCGCUAGUCGAGCUGAAGCGGAAGGAAGGUGUGCGCUGUGCCGCGGCGAGUCUGGACGUGGAAAUGCCAGCUUCCGGGACCGCGGCUCAGCUGACGACAGACUUCUACCUUCCUUACUCCGGUCUGAAAGCCGUCGCAGCUGCGACUCCAGACAAUGCCCUCUUGCAAGGCCGCGGUCUCCCUGGUACACAUGACAUACCCCUCCUCUCAUCGGUGCUCUCAUCCAUCCGCUCCGGGCAGGCAGUUGACCUGCCCUCGUUCGACAAGUCGGCACACUCUGGAUUCGGUGAUCGAGGCUCUCCGACUCAACUGUCCGAACCGCUCGACCUCUUCCUGUUGGAGGGAUGGUGCAUCAACACCUCCCCUGCUGAAACUUCAUUGCUUGCCGAAAGACACCCUACCGCGCCAAUAUCGAGCCGCCAUCCCUUCGCCUCGCUUGAGCAGAUCAAUGAAGGGUUCCGGGAACUCGAGGCUGUGCUAGACAAGAAGGUCGACCGGAGAGUGACGCUGGACGCACCGCGGGAAUGGGUGUACGAAUGGCGGAUUGAACAGGAGGAGAAACUCAUCCAGGAGAGAGGGAGCGGCAUGACUGAGGACGAGGUGAGGGCUUUCGUGGACCGGUACAUGCCCGUGUACGAGUGCUGGGAUGCGUCUGGCGACGUGCGCGUGCAGUUGGACAAGAACCGGCAAAUCGUGUCCAUCAGGGAGUCUGUUCACUUACGCCUGCUCGCGGUGCUCGUGCUGCUCCUCCUCGUGCUUCUCCUCCUCUCCCUCCUCGUGGGGCUUCUCGGCCUUCUCCGCCGCCGCCCUCUCCUCGACGUCGCGCCUGUGCUUCCUGAUCCGGCGCCUGAGGGCGGGAACGGAAGUGACAGCGCUGCCAAGGAUGAAGGUGGCCGCACAGAAGGCGAUCAUGCCCGCCUUGCUCUUCUCAAGGAGGACGGAGCAGAGCACAGGACCGGGGAGGAUGGGCAGGCUGACCACAGUCCAGAGCAGCCCGAUCCUGGCUCCGGUGCGGCGGCGCGAGAUCGCCGCGCAAGACGCAGACACGAGCGUGACCCAAGCUCCCGAGCUGAGGCCGUAGGCCACAAGUCCAACGACAGAGAGGGCCUUGACGCCGCCCGCGCCGAGAGACACGGGGAGCCAGAAAGCGAGCAGGGAGGCCGCACAGCACAUGCUCGCGCAGAGGAAGGUACGCCAGACGCCAAACUUGUCCGCGAGGAGUCCACUGCUGAAGCGGCCAACGGCAGAGCCGGCCUGCAGGAUUGCCACGGGCGAGCUCACGGGGAGCAGCGCCGCGUCAAAGUACGGCGAGAACAUGUUGAGCAUGCUGAUGCCGACGCCGAGGAGGAGGAAGAUGUACGUCGCGCGGAAGCGCGGCUGCUCCGGGUCCGUGAACAGGCCGACCUUGACUGGGGUCUUCUUGGUCUUGACCUCCAGUCCCUUCUUGUCCAGGUCGCUUGCGACACUGGCCGUGCGCGAUGGGACGGGGGAGGAGACGACGGAGGGCGCGGCAGAGUUCAUGGCACUGUUGGGGGGAGAGGGGAGGGGGGAGGCGAUAAGCCCCUUGCGCGGGGCCUGGGGACGGACGAGCUCGCGCAGGAACUCGCGGAAGGCAGGAGGCUUAAGGCCGCCGCGGGGCGAGCGGAGGAAGAUCCAGCUCGGCACCGUGAGCGCGAGGUUGAUGCCGGCGAGCGCCAGCAUGCCCCUCUGGAAACCCAGGCGGGCCCAGAGCGCGCGGAGGAGGAAAGGGUACGCUACUCCGCCGAGACCGGAGCCGGAGCCAACGAACCCGAUCGCGUACGAGCGCUUCGUGUACUGCACCGGGAUGGCUGCGGCGGGGGUCCACACAAGAGCGGCGCCGAGGCCGUACAGCGCAUGAGAGAGGAUGGUGGCAAGUGCUUAUGGGGAACAUUACCUCGUCGCCCGAUGGGAGGGGUCGCCAUGGGUCUCGAGUCGCGUGGGGCUCAGUCGUGUUCGAAGGGGUACAGUGGGUCCGCUGGUCCAGUGAUGGUCCGAUGCAGCGAGGAAACCGACCAGGCUGCCCGCGACGCAGAGCCAGCGCGGGCCGCAGCGGUCAAAGAUAAGCCCGACCGCGAAGGAGGGGAGGAAGCCAAGGGUGCUCUGAACAGAGCCGAUCCAGGAUACCGCCGACUUGGAGUACUUCUGCCCGUACACAGGCUGGAGGGCUCCAAAGGAGGUGAUCAGGCCGAAGAACGUGACGAGCAGGAGGUGCGCCGAGAGCAGGCACAGGGCCGUCUCGAGCUUCGUCGGCUUGGCUGGCUCAUCGUCUACGGGGGUAGGGUUGAGGGAGGGGUUCUUGUCUGGGAACCGGGAGGCUGGGGCACCAGUGGAGGAAGGGAGGGUGGGGAGUGUCUCGGUAGAGGAGGCGCGGGAGGAGAUGGACAGAGGGGAGGAGGAGUACGAGACAGUGGGCAGACGCACGUCGCGGCAAGGUACGAGUUGGAGUCUGAUGUUAGCCUGUGCUGCGCCGCUGGUCUGACAAAGUGCUUAUGGGGAACAUUACCUCGUCGCCCGAUGGGAGGGGUCGCCAUGGGUCUCGAGUCGCGUGGGGCUCAGUCGUGUUCGAAGGGGUACAGUGGGUCCGCUGGUCCAGUGAUGGUCCGAUGCAGCGAGGAAACCGACCAGGCUGCCCGCGACGCAGAGCCAGCGCGGGCCGCAGCGGUCAAAGAUAAGCCCGACCGCGAAGGAGGGGAGGAAGCCAAGGGUGCUCUGAACAGAGCCGAUCCAGGAUACCGCCGACUUGGAGUACUUCUGCCCGUACACAGGCUGGAGGGCUCCAAAGGAGGUGAUCAGGCCGAAGAACGUGCCGAGCAGGAGGUGCGCCGAGAGCAGGCACAGGGCCGUCUCGAGCUUCGUCGGCUUGGCUGGCUCAUCGUCUACGGGGGUAGGGUUGAGGGAGGGGUUCUUGUCUGGGAACCGGGAGGCUGGGGCACCAGUGGAGGAAGGGAGGGUGGGGAGUGUCUCGGUAGAGGAGGCGCGGGAGGAGAUGGACAGAGGGGAGGAGGAGUACGAGACAGUGGGCAGACGCACGUCGCGCAGGUCCUGGAUGUGCGUGUUCGAGGUGUGGGUAAACCUGGAGUAAGAAUGGAUGCAGUGAGCUGGGGAAGACCGUCAGUGCCAGCGAGAGGUGCAGACAGUGGUCAAAUCGAGUGGUCAAAUCUGCCACUCCGGAGCGGCCGUGCGCCAGCCCUCCCUGGUGCGUUGGGUCUGGCCAGGCCCGUUCUGCCCGGUUUGCCAGCUAUUUGGGGCCGGUGGGUGUGUGAGGACCCCGUGGUGGUCCAAUAUCUCCCAGGGACGCGGGCAGGCGUCUCAGGAAGUCUGGCGGGAAGGCACGGUCGAGCCAAUCACUAUGCAGAUGAAUGCCGCCGGAGGAUGCGAAGAGUGGAAGGUACGGCGAGCUGGACGGGUGGAACGGUGAGAACGGGUUGUACGAAGGGGAGCAGGCUGGGCAAAGUGGUCCAAUCUCGACGACUAUUCCUGGAUUCUGACUGGUCGGAAGCGAGCAAGGCAUGCUCGAGGUCCAAUAUCGGUGACUGGACCCUGUGCCGGUCGGCAUCUUGGUCUGGACCUGGCGAGCGAGCCGAUCAACGCUCUCUGCAGAGAGGUGCAUCACCACAUCAUGCUUCUGCUCCUUCCUCUGGCGUCCUGCCUUCCUGCAAGGCUUCGUGCACAAAUGCAGCAUGUCCGGUGAGGGGAAGAUUUUCCCAGCUCUGUGUAGAUGCGCAGGGGGGAAUGCGCGUUGCCCGAUGGAGGCACUCAGGGAUCCACCACCCAGAUUUGACCUCGUCACUUGACCCGGCUAGCCGUGCCUGUAUGGUAGACGAGAACGGACACAAAUCUGACCCCGCUGAAUCCCUCCACCGGGUAUUGGGUCCUCUGUUUACAUCUGUCAACGACGUCUUGCAACCGACUGCAUUUAUCUCCUUCUUGUCACCGUAUCUCACCAACCUCUGCUCGCAGCUUCUCCCCAUGCCUACCAACGAUUCCGGCAGAAUUUUGUCGUCACAGUCAUGUGACGAUCCCCUCGCCUUGCUCGACCCCGAGACGGUCGUAAUGCUUAAUAGGACGCUCAAAAAGGUUUUUGCUACUGGAAGAUACUCUCCUGAAGUCCGAUCAGCGGUUUGGGAGCGCAUGUCAGAGGGCCAGGACCUGAUGCAAGUCCCGUCAACCCCAUCCACCUCAGGAGAAGACAGUCCGCUCCUAACCUCGUCCAGCGUCAGCUCGCUGCUCUUAGGUCAACAAGCCGUAGUUGGGCGCCUCCCCCAGCAUGUUGUUUUCCCUCCAGUACCCAGUGCUCGCCGGGGGAGCUCUCAAGCUACUCAGAGAUCUCAAUUACAGCAGCGAACGUCUGCGGUGUCCACAAGUCCUCACACCUCAUCUCCUUUGUCAAGCAGUUCCUCCCCGCUGCAAACUCCCGCUGCUUCGAAUCCAUCGGCUCCGAACCCACCGCCGAAAGAAGAGCUUGCACCACGGCGUACCAAGGCAGAGCAGAUCUCUAUGAAGAACACAUUUGUGAGUAGAGCUGCAACUACGUCGUUCUCUUAUCGAUCCCAGAUUGCGGUUAUCCCUUCAGCUCACUGGGUGCCAUUCCUCGACAAGCACCUGGACGGCGGAGGUGAACAUCGCAUAAAUCGCCUGCAUGAAGCAUGCGACAAUGCAGGAUUGAGUGUCAUUCCCUCGCUGUAUACCACGAUGUCGGCACAGGACGUUAAGGAUCACCUAGAGCCUCUCGUCGAGGAUGUCCUGGGCAGUUGGUAUGGCACCAACAGAGACUACUCCAAACUCAACUUCCGAGAAUCGUUAGACAAAGCCACUGGCCAGGCAGUGUGCACCAUCAACCAAGGAUGUUGUCCUUUCCUUGUUGUGCACCACGCUGAAACCUGCGAUGAGCAGCAGGACUUUGCUCUGCUGAGGGACUUUCUACGCCGGAUCUACAAGGAUGGAUAUCGCAACAACGCCCUGAAGCACUACAUCUUCCUCGAUGAUUACAUCUCCGAUGGUGACAUAUCGGAUGACCGGGCUUCCACAGACCCGAAACUCUGCGAUGCAGGCAUCCCACUGGGAGAACGAUGGUCACCGGUCGACUUCAGGGUGGCUGAGAAAGUAGAGGCGGCCAUCGCGAAGCCGUUCAUCCUCCGAGACCACCAAAGAUUCACCCAGAAACGCCGUGAAGCGGAGAAGAAGGAGAUUGCCCGCUUGGCCGCUGAGGCGUUGGCGCAGGAGAGGGCCGCAGCGAGGGAAGCAGCAGCAGCGGAGAGGGCUGCUGCCAGGGAAGCGGCAGCAGCGGAAAGGGCUGCAGCGAAGGAGGCAGCCGCUGCUGCCAAAGAAGCGGCUGCUGCAGAGAGGGCUGCUGCUAGGGAGGCUGCAGCGGCAGCAAAGGAAGCAGCAGCUGCAGAGAGGGCAGCCGCGAAGGAGGCUGCUAUUGCAGCCAAGGAGGCUGCUGCCGCUCGGAAGGCUGCCAAAGGACCAACAAAGCGAGGCAGGCCACGGAAGACCACUGCAGUUCCCGUGGAUGGGUCUAGUGUGCCGUCCAGGCGCACUGCUACUGGCAUCCGGUCCAAAGGGCCUGACGGACAUGCACCACUUGCUCGGAGUAGAUCUCCAUCCACUCCGCCCCGCUCACGGGGUCCUCGGUCUUCGCGAACAUCUCAGAGGGCUGGCGUAAUCGUACCCUAUAGCGACCCCGAGUGCAUUGGUCGCACACCACCAGCUGUUGGUUUCACUCCACCAGGACCAGCAGUCGGUCUCACGCCUCCAGCAGUGCCGUUGCCGGAGCCUUUUGCCUCGCAAGGCUCACCUACAGGCAGUCUGAGUAGUCUAGUAUCUGAACAGAUACCAGUGCCGUCUGUACCUGCUCUAAGAAAGCCGCCAACGCAGCCCACUCGUACAGGGCCGACCACCGAACCUCUCCGUCGCUCUACCAGACUGCAACCCUCCUCUCGGCCGUGA